UUUAUUUAAGAUCCUAAAACGUUACGAGUUUUAGGUUCUGAAAACGGUCCGUUUACGGCACGUUAACUUACCGUUAACGACCAGUUAACGGGCCGUUAACGGUGCCGUUUUCUUGGACCUGGGUAUGACAAUAAUAAUCGACUAGGUUUAAUUAUUGAUCGCUUAAAAUGGCACUAAUCCUAACGUACUAUAUCACUGAAAUCGAUAAACGAUUACACUUCUGACGUAUGAAACAAAAAUUUUUCCUUACUGAAGUAUAUUUCAUUGUGAAAGAAACCAUAGAUAAUAAUUUUUUGAGAUUGACUGUGCGAUAUUUAAGUUAUUUUGAUAAAAUUCUACUUUUUGUCUUUUUCUUAACUUAUGUAAGUCUUACUUCACGUUUUAUUUUCAAACUAAGCAUCUUUUCUGUUUUAUUUUAAAAUGUACUACUUUUGUUAUUGGCUUCUAAUAUUAUAACCAAGCUUUUUAGUUUUUUUGUCGGAGCACUCUCCUACAUUUACACACUUUUCUAAUAAGAAUAAACAAAACUUAUCAACGUAUGAUCUUAUUCUAUUUUACAAGCGAAACGGAAAAUAUUUCAUGAAAUGUAUCUCGAUAUGCAAAAAAACAUGUGUACGUUAAUUUUCUUUUUGCUUUCAAAAGACCUUAUCAUACAUAUCUCCAGUCUCAUUGCCACAUUUAAUGUUUUUUUUGUUUGUCGAUAAUGAAAACUUGACGCUUGUCUUUGUAUGAAAUUAAAUAGGAAAUUUCUUAGACGAGUUUAACUUUUUCAAACUGACCGGUGUCAACCGGUUUGUUGCCGUUUUUAGAAUGUUUAGCAUUUUUCUCGUCUUCAUUCAACAGAAACUUGAUAAAACAACUAAGAGAAAUAAGGAAAAGCUAGUGAGGAUCACUUUUUCCUUAAGUAUAUUUAGUUUUACUGAUAAAAGUUCUCAAUCGAUCAGUUUUUUUGCAAGUUUCUACCAUACCAGUUUCAUCGGUAUAGUAAAUUUUUGGAAACCGGACGGCAUUUUGGCUCAACUCAUUGAUACACAUGACAAUCACUUAGUCAGCAAUCUGCUGUAACCUUCUUUUCUAUUAAUUAUUGUUAGAAAUUCAUUAUCUUUAAGAAUAACGUUACCAUUCAAAACAGAUAUGGAGUUAUCAGUUCCAGUUUCAUGUGUGAAUUUUAUAUUAGGAUCAAAAGAAUUUAAAACAUUUAAAUUUUAUAUACUGAUGAAUUUUGUUCCAGUAAUACAAAAGUGCCAUCAACGUAUCUGAGAUAAGGUUGAAGACCUUCCGCUUGAAGAAAAAUCAAAAAUACUGGGAAGGUCUCAAAAGCACGAAAAUUUUUCGUUUUAAGAAAAAGGCUUGUGGUUUUUUUCUGAAGUAGCAUGGAGACUUGAGCUUACUAUAUUUGGAUUCCUUAUUCAAAACUGCAUCUAGCCAAGGUAACCCCGAGUCUGCAAACGACAAAGUGGAAUUUUGGCAAGACCAAGUCAGGAACCAAGAGCCUUCGUUCAAAAACUCUACUAGUUUUUUGUGUGGAGGGCUAGACAUUUGAUUCACACAUCGUUAGAUAGGUCAGGUAACCAGCUUUAACAAUAUGUAGAGCUGUUUUUCAAAUUUUGUUUCGUUGUCGAGAAAAUUCAUUUUUUUUAAAUCAGAGAGGAAUCCGUAAUUCUCAAUUUUCUCGAUCAAAACUCAACUUUUGAACAACAGAAAUAUCAUAUUCGGAAUCAGGAUCAAAAACUGAAUCGACUGAUUUGUAUUUCGAAAUUUCUGUUUGAUUUUUAGUUCUGGGUGAUAAUUUUUCAACGUGAAAAUUCGAAAAAAAUUGAAAUAGUCGGAUAGGCUAGAAAUACAUAUCAAUCGAUUCAUUUUUUAAUCCUGAUUCCGAAUAUGAUGUUUUUGUUGUUCAAAAGUUGAGUUUUGAUUGAGAAAAUUGAGAAUUACGGAUUCGUCUCUGAUUUAGAAAAAAUGAAUUUUCUCAUACUAAAUAUAGUCGAAUUGACUAAGACGAAAGUUCAAUAAAACGGUUUUUCAGAUCUUCCAUAAACAAGUGGUCAGACCAACGAUUUCACUAUCCAUGAACGGAUUUUCUCUUGAGUAAGUAAAGUGGUUUAAUCAGUUGGGGUUCAUAUGAACCGAGAAACGGUCUCUGCGGCUAAGCAUACCUUGCUAAAAAAAAGCGGCUUGAACGUUGUUAUGACUUGGACCUCUGCAUCUCCCUAAAUUCUCGACGAUGUUUUCUACUGGGAUAAUUUUAAAACCACUAAAGAACAGAACCUAGGUCACUUCUUUUCUUUGAGAAGAGUCAAGAUGCUCUUAAAUAGACAUGAAUCGGUGCUAACAUUAUGGAUAACUUUUGUGGAUGAGAUAAACAACCACGAUUUGAUAAUACUUAUGUGGCAUUGUAACAAGCAAAUAACGGGAAAAUUAAGCUUUUCUUUUCGUUUUUCUCAUUGCAAGACAUUGAACGAAAAACUACUAGUUUUUGGAAGGAAAACGAUCAAAAAAAGACAAGAUUAAAUUCGUACGUAUCUGACUAAAGUAAAAACUUUAAUGUGAUUUUUUUCGCAACUUCUAGGUGGUGAAAGUAAAUCAUCAAAAAUUGUUAUUUCACGACAACUAGGCGGCAGUGGAAAAUCUCGCCUACAUUUUAUCAAAUUUAAUAGUCGUAAAGAAGCUAAAGCAGCUGCAAGACGUGCAGGUUAUGGUGUGCUUGUGCAUCAUGCUAAAAAUAAGGAAAAAGGAGAGCAACCGCAUUUCCAUCCAACAAAUGGAACGCAUUAUGAAUAUUGA